UUAGAACAUAUACAGACAUAUAUAUAUAUAAAUAUAUAUAUAUAUAUAUAAAUAUACCGCUUCAUAGGCUGUUAUAUCUCCGUUAUGUUACUGCCUGUUCGCGUCAAAUUCUUCCUCGUAAUUCUCAUAUCCGUCGCCUUUCUGGCACAAGAAGAAGUUGACUGUUAUAGUCCUGAAUAUCUCCAAGGCAAUGCUCAAGGACGAGAACCACGAACAUUCGGGCUUCUUCAAGAAAAGACGGACUCCCUAGUAUUUGGAUGGAAUCAGUUUGUUGAACAAGGCAUCGAAUACCUGGUAUUGGAACGAGAAGUAAACUGGGCUUUAGAUGAUACCGUCACCGUCCUCUCUGGUGAUACAGCAGAAAUAAAUGUAAUUGGGCAGUCAUGCAAACCUGAAAAGUAUAACAUAAUUGCAAAGACAUCAAUUUCCAUCAUUUACUAUGCCAGGGCAAAGAGGAGUCUAACAUACAUUCGAGUUCCAAGAAUAACAAAUGUCCAUCUUCCACUGUAUACAGAUGCAUCGCCUUAUUUAACUUGGAAAACAGACGAGUCAUUUUGUUCUGAAAAUGACGUGAUAGUGAUUUUCAGAGGAUACUCUGACCAGCCGCUUGAAUUGCACUUCAUACCAAACACUGACAAGAACUUUUAUUUAGAAAAUCAAGGGAACAGUGAAGGGAUAACAGAAGAAGUAAUAAUAUCCACAUUGCAUGGGGAACGUUUCUCCUUACCAAAACUGGUAACCAGAGGAGGCGAAUCGAAUGCAGAGUCACACAGUCAUGACAGAGGAAACCAGGCGAAACACGAUUACCAAGAAGAUGAAGAAGAAAUAAUCAUUGAACGUCCAGUGGUCUCGCGGAAGGAGGAUGGUCUAGGAGACAGAACAGUUGACACUACAAAGAAGAUGGCGUCGGCUGUAGAAACCGCGACACAAGCUCCAGUUGACACUGCAAAGAAGAUGGCAUUGGCUGUAGAAACCACGACACAACCCCCAGUAGCCAUGGCGAAGGUGGCGACUGUAGGAAUCCCAAAACAAUUCCCACAGACGACAAACAUAGAGAAGGAAGAAGUCCAGUCGGCGUCGACAGGUAUCAUUGUAGCAAUAGUAGUCGUGUCAGUUUCGAUGAUAUUCGCCAUUCUCUACUUCUCCUAUAGACGAUGCUGCAAACAGAAAUCGGUGAAAUAAAUAUUCUCCUCUCAGUGUUCAUCAAUAAUGCUCACGAUCAUUGUAGUUAGCAAAGGCAACAAGACGUUUUUCAAUCGUCGACGUUUCUACGUUAUUUUCGUAUCUGAUUUCAGUUAAUUGUAACAUAUAUUAACGUAGUAUUUAUUUAACUUCAUCAACGACAAUUCACUCAUCUCACUAAUUCUGUCAUGUGACUGCAUUUGAGUCUGACGAAUUUAAUUAUGUUAGGAAUUCCGAAUAUUCCGAAUCUCCGAAACAUUUACUGAACAUUGUGUUCACGGCUUUUAUUCAUUCAUAUUUGUUAUCAAUUUGUAAUUCAUAAUUACCUGCACAAAGAUUAUCGCAAUGUUGUACUUUCACUCAGUGUCAAAUUU